AUGGGAAGACUAUCAAGAGACAAACGCGACAUCUUCUAUAGAUUGGCCAAAGAAAAAGGCUACAGAGCGAGAUCUGCGUUCAAGUUGCUGCAGUUGGAUGCGGAAUUCGAUCUGUUUGGUCGUCGCGAAGAAUUCCUACAGCAACUCCAGCAGAAGGAUAAUAAUGGAUCCGCGACACAGCAGCAACAAGGGGCGCCCAAAGUCUCCCGCGCAGUAGAUCUUUGUGCGGCUCCUGGAUCCUGGAGUCAAGUGUUGGCCGAUCAACUGAACGCUCAAAAAGACGACGCAGUCCCCAAGAUUGUGGCGGUCGAUUUGCAACCCAUGGCUCCCAUUGAUGGCGUCGUGUCCUUUCAGGGCGACAUUACCUCGCAGGCAACCGCGCACGAGAUCAUUCAACACUUUCGAGGCCAGCGUGCCGAACUAGUCAUUUGCGAUGGAGCGCCCGAUGUGACGGGAUUGCACGACAUUGACGAAUUCCUGCAAUCUCAAUUGUUGCAAGGAGCCAUGUUGAUUACCACUCACGUCUUGGAAGCGGGAGGGACCUUUGUCGCCAAGAUCUUCCGAGGGAAGAAUGUUCGACUCUUGUAUGCGCAAUUGCGCUGUUUGUUUCAUCGAGUCAGUAUUGCCAAACCAACCAGUUCACGAAACUCCUCCAUGGAAGCCUUUGUGGUCUGUCAGAACUUUAAACAGGGAUCGCAAUACCAAGAUUUACCGCUGGAUUUGGGAGGCUACUUGGAUCUUGCGCCUAUUGUGGGCGAAGAAACGAACAAUAAAGAACCCAAACUGGAUUCUUCCGUAGUUCCCUUUUUGGCUUGUGGGGAUUUGUCAGGUUGGUCCAACAACAAUGGACAACAUUUGGAUGCCGAUGCGAGCUAUCCCAUUGAAGAACACGAGUACAUUCCACCCGUGGCUCCACCCAUUCAUCCAGCUUAUGAGACCAGCAUCUCUCAGCAAAAGCAACAACAGCAACAGUCGUCGCAAAAGCAAAAAUCGAUCACUGAUGAAGAUUGA